AUGCAGCAGCCAAACGCAAGUCCUCACAGACCAGCGCUAGGACUCCCCAUCCCAGCCUCGCCAGCAGACAGCGGCUUUCUCCCUCGCCGCGAGUUUCUGCCGUCCUCUUCCAAGGCAAAAGCAAGCAAUUUUGCCCUUCUCUCCUUCUCAAACACCUCUUCUCUUCGUCUAUCCGCAUUUCCACCGUCCGUUGUCGGCGCUGUCCGCAAAUUCUUCGACGAGAAGAAGCUCCUCAAGAUUUACAAGGACAACAGGCCUCCACUCAAGGAUAAGGAGAAUAUCGAGAAUGACAGACCAGCAGAUCGUCCAGAAGACGAGUUUGUCGCCGAGCUCACCCUCGUCGCCAAGUUUUGGGCAAACGCAAAGACGGUGGAGACAGAGCGUCUGAUAAUCCAGAUCCUCGUCCUCUUCAACUCGCAAGGUUACGCGUUGUUGACCUCUAUCGCUGGCAGAGAGCCCGGGGACAAGCUCACCCUCGUCUUUGAGCGACCCGUCGUUUACCAUUCCUCCCCUCAACAAGCUCAGCCAAAUGUCAAUGGUCACACACCUGGCCAUCGCCAAUCUGGUCAUGGCGGAAGCACCGGAAGCGCCAUUGCCAACAACGGCGUUCACCAGCUUUUGUUUGGCAUCUCCUUUACCUCGCCGACCUCGUUCCGCUGUAUCAAUCCGCCACUGGAAUCCACGCCUGGUAUCCUACAAGCCCUCAGGAAUGCAUGGCCACGAGGAGUCGAAGGCGAGAGCAAAAUCGCAGACGGCUGCUUUGAAUUCAAACUACGAGGAUAUUCCUUCUUCGCGGAUGACACCUACCAAACGGACUUUCUCGCCCUAACGGUCGCCCUCCUCAAAGGCCUCCAGAAGCUCCACUUUACCUUCAUCUCGUCCAUCUCCUUGUCCAAUAGCCACGCAAAAAACAAGGAACUGUGGCUGUUCGCAUCCAACGAUACCGACGCGCUAUCCCCUCACCAGCUGCUCAACUCCAUAUCAACCUCGCCAGUCGCGUUUACGACGGGCACACUCUCGGGUGCGGUCAAUGAUGGCACCUUCCCACGCACAUACUCGAGUGACAAGGAGAAAACUGCAGGACAUCUUCGCGCUGCAUCCGUCGAUACCGCUCAGGCCCAACAAACUCCCCAAGGCUCCGCUUUUAGCCCAGGCCACCAAAGGAAUGCCACCACGCCAGCAUUUGGAACGAAUGCAUUUGGAAGUACCUCGACGCUGGGAACGAUCACGGGUGGUAAAGGCCCCACUACGCCUCGUAGCCAAGGCUCUGUUCUCGUCAAGAAAUCCCACAGCAUGAAGAAGCAACCAGAUGCCGCCCUCUCCGAAUCGAAAGGGGCCACUCCGCCUGGAACGGCUGGUGCAAACAUGACACCUCCCAAAGAGCCUACACCUCCCGCAGCUUCGACCGGUGUAUCCAAGCAAGUCGGUAUUCUACCAGCAUCUUCUUCGAAACCAAUCACGGCUCCAUCUUCCUCUAAGCCUCAGAUACAACAGCAAGUGCUCUAUUCGACACCCACAUCCGGCAAUGUUUUGUAUUCGACUCCUCCCUCGAGUCCUCCUGUCAGUUAUAAUCAUUUCCCCGCACCUGCCUCUCAUUCAGCGAUGCAUCCUAGUUCGCCACAUUCCAAUCUUAGCCCCAUCGAAGCGUCCCCACCAAGCUCGCCUCGCAGCAGCGUACCGAGACCGGCAUCACCUUCCAAGACGGGCGCAGGGCGUCCAUCGAAUAUUGAUAUUCCACCCAACACAUCGACUACUCGGGCAGUAGACGAAGAGGGACCGACUCCACCGCUUCUCUCAUCGAGCGCUUUUCGGGAUACGCUCUCGGAUAGGGGUGGAGAGCAAACGGCUGGCCGUGAUUUUUUAUUCUCUGGUGGGACUUCGAUCAUGUCUGGCAAGUCUGGGGAAAGCUUUGACGUACCGGUAAUGUGGACAGGUGGGCUUGGUGGAGUUGGUCUGGGGACGACGCUUGAGGAGAGGGAGGAAGAUGAGGAUGCGAAUACGUUUCGAGGCACCGCGGCGUUACCCACGCCUAAUCCACCUGGGGGCUGGGUCGAAGACCCCUCGAGUCCACCUGUGACGACGCAGCGACCAAGGGUGACUGGUAAAGCAUCAAGGGAAACGACGCGUUCGACAAAGGAAAAGGAGCGCACUGUAGAAGCCAAAGUCGACGGUGCUCAUAUCGUUACUGUCUCUACGCCUAAUCAAGAGGCACCGCAAGCGGCGGUCAUUGGCACCACGGGCGACCUAGCAAGCGAUGCGGCUGCUUCUGCAUCCGAUUCAAAGGAUAAGGACAAGAGCGAUGGAUGGGUCAUGGUUAAAGUCUCUGGAGAUCAACAGGGAAUUAAGAAGUCGACCAAACCUGCUGCUGGCCCUCUUCGAGCUGUCAAUGCCUCGCCAGGCUCCAUGUCAUCCAUGGAGACGCCACCGGCUGCGGUACCGAUCAAGUCCGACACGAGCAACAAUGCGAACCGCGCGUCCAAAUCUGGCGACGAGAGCUCGAGCUCUCACGAUCGUUCUGCGCCGCCGUCAUCACUUGCGCAUUCGAAUACGGCUCCACGGACGGGGACAAAAAGUCGAAGUGGGUUCCGAAAGUUGUUUGGUCGUGGAGAUAAGGACAAGGACAAGGUGGGUUCCCGUCUCAACCUCGAAUCUCCGACGAAACGGUCGCGGUGGGCAAAGGUCAAGGCGGACAUUGUUCCUACGCCAGCGGAACCGGCGAGAGCCAGUCGAAGGAUGACCAUUGAAUGA